AGCCCGUGAAAUACCCUCGCGUCCCCGGCCUGCACAGCCUCUCGGAUCCCCACAGGGUACUCGGCAUCCCGCUCCCACGGCAGGCACCACGACCCCUGGUCCUCCCAGUGCCCGACCAGGCCAGGCUCACCGGUCUCCUGAGACCCCGUGCCCGGCAGGUCGGCUGCCAGCCCCGUGCCCCCCGCCAGCCACAGCCAUGAGCAACUGGGGGAAAGACCACCUUGGCACCAGCAGCUCGGAGCCCCUCACGGCGGUCAUCAUCGGCAAUGGUCCCUCGGGCAUCUGUCUGUCCUACCUGCUCUCCGGCUACACCCCAUACGUGAAGCCGGACGCCGUCCACCCGCACCCCCUGCUGCAGAGGAAGAUCGCCGAGGCACCUGGCGUCUCCAUCCUGGACCAGGACCUGAAUUACCUGUCCGAAGGCCUUGAAGGCCGGUGCCAAAGCCCCGUGGCCCUGCUCUUUGACGCCCUUCUGCGUCCAGACACUGACUUUGGGGGAGACAUGGAGUCCGUCCUCACCUGGAAGCACCAGAAGGAGCGAGCCAUCCCCCACGUGGUCCUGGGCCGGAACCUGCCCGGGGGAGCCUGGCACUCCAUCGAAGGCUCCAUGGUGACCCUGAGCCGAGGCCAGUGGAUGGGGCUCCCAGACCUGCCGGUCAAGGACUGGAUGCGCAGGAAGCGAAGAGGCCUUCGCAACAGCCGGGCCACGGCAGGGGACAUUGCCCACUACUACAGGGAUUACGUGAUCAAGAAGGGCCUGGGCCCCAACUUCGUGUCGGGUGCCGUGGUCACGGCCGUGGAGUGGGGGAUCCCUGAGCCCAGCGGCUCCGGGGCCCAGGACCCCAGCCCCCUCUUCCAUGUGAGCGGCUUCCUGACCGCCGAGGACCCGAGUCAGCAGCCCUUCUCCCUGUGCGCCCGCAACGUGGUCCUGGCCACGGGCACGUCCGACAGCCCGGCCCGGCUGGGCCUCCCCGGGGAGGCCCUGCCCUUCGUCCACCAUGAGCUCUCGGCCCUGGAGGUGGCCACACGGGCAGGCCUGGUGACCCCGGCCUCGGACCCUGUCCUCAUCGUGGGCGCGGGGCUGUCGGCGGCCGACGCGGUCCUCUAUGCCCGCCACUACAACAUCCCUGUCAUCCACGCCUUCCGUCGGCCCGUGGACGACCCCGGCCUGGUGUUCAACCAGCUGCCCAAGAUGCUGUACCCCGAGUACCACAAGGUGCACCAGAUGAUGAGGGAGCAGUCCAUCCUGUCCCCCAGCCCCUACGAGGGCUACCGCAGCCUCCCCGAGCACCAGCUGCUGCUCUUCAAGGAGGACCGCCAGGCCGUCUUCCGGGACCCCAAGGGCCUCCAGAAGGUCUUCGGCGUUUCCCUGGUCUUAGUCCUCAUCGGCUCCCACCCCAACCUCUCCUUCCUCCCCGGGGCGGGCACUGACCUCACCGUGGACCCUGACCAGCCACUGAGCGCCAAGAGGAACCCCAUCGACGUGGACCCCUUCACCUACCAGAGCACCCAGCAGGAGGGCCUGUACGCCAUGGGGCCGCUGGCCGGGGACAACUUUGUGCGCUUUGUACAGGGUGGGGCCCUGGCCGUGGCCAGCUCCCUGAUGAGGAAGGAGGCCAGCAAGCCACCCUAGCACCCAGCCUGGGAUCCUCACACCAAGGCCCAAAAAAGGAGGGGAGAUCGCCAGAGCCCUGUGGACACAGGGCCCAUCCCAAGACGCCCCAGUGAGGGAAGGGGGCCUCUCCUGGCAGGAGACAGGAGCGGCCACGAGCCUGUGCAACAGGCCUCGCCAACGAAGAGGAGUGGGGACCCAGGCUGCCCGCACUCAAGCUGGGGCCCAGGGGGAACAGUGGCUGCAGGCCAGGGCAGGCCCAGACCUAGGAGUGGGGCGAAAGCUGCCAGCGGGAGCCGGGAUCACCAGGGCCAGCUGAGCACGGAGUCAGGAGGACUCCAGGCCCGGCUCCUUCCAGAAUCAAGUCCAAAUAAAACCAGCGCCUGCCUCCA